CGGCUCGAGAGGCGGUUUGUCGCGCGCUCGCUUUCCCAAGAUGGCGGCCUCUAAGGAAAGCUGCGGGUUGGGAGAAGUGGCCACGGGGAAUGGCCGGCGGCUCCACCUAGGGAUUCCUGAGGCCGUGUUUGUGGAAGAUGUGGAUUCCUUCAUGAAACAGCCUGGGAAUGAGACUGCAGACACAGUACUGAAGAAGCUGGAUGAGCAGUACCAGAAGUAUAAGUUUAUGGAGCUCAAUCUUGCUCAAAAGAAAAGGAGGCUGAAAGGUCAGAUUCCUGAAAUUAAGCAGACAUUAGAAAUUCUAAAAUACAUGCAGAAGAAGAAAGACUCCACCGGUUCCCUGGAGACUAGAUUCUUACUGGCGGACAACCUGUAUUGCAAAGCUUCAGUUCCUCCUACCGAUAAAGUGUGUCUGUGGCUGGGGGCUAAUGUGAUGCUUGAGUAUGAUAUUGAUGAAGCCCAGGCAUUGUUGGAAAAGAAUUUAUCGACUGCUACGAAGAAUCUUGAUUCUCUUGAGGAAGACCUCGACUUCCUUCGAGAUCAGUUUACUACCACAGAAGUCAAUAUGGCCAGGGUUUAUAAUUGGGAUGUAAAAAGAAGAAACAAAGAUGAUUCUACCAAGAACAAAGCAUAACGCUGGCAAUUAAAAAUGUGGUUCAGUUUCCCAAACAUGUUAUUUUAAGUAUCCUAAAGUUUAUCCCUAAAGGUUGACAAUACUUUGAUUUUUUUAAACGGUAAGAACGCUAGUUAAAACUUUAAAAAAAUAUAUAAACAUUUUAUUAUAAA